AUGAUGGACUGGAACAGACCUGUGGAGUGCUGGAAGUGGUAUGGUGUGUUUCGGUGGGUGCUGGUGUCCUCUCUCCUUGUUCAUGUCCACGCUGAACUUCUGACCUGUUUACCCUCGGACGUUGCUGGAGUGUGCUUAGCAGCAGCAGGAAAAGAAAUGAUACCGUUUGAAGCCCUCGCCUUGGGCCUGGGACAGAUGUUUUGUGUGGUGGUGGUCUCGUUUUUACAGGCUUCGUUUACUCUAUAGCGUACACCCUUAUGCUAUGAUGUGGAACCUCAGGUUUAUAGAAUCAUCGAAAAUAAUACAAUAUGAGAUGUAGUGUUUUCUUAGUUCUUCAAAUGGAAGCAACUUGGGUGAAAAAGUACGUGAAGAAAGCCUCUCAG